AUGGACGGCGAGGACGAGUUUCCGACAUCCCCGGCCAAGCGCCAAAGGACGAACUCCCCUGAAGAAAGCCGCGAUGCAGGCCAGCCCCUCGAGUCGCAACCAGCACCAGCACCAGCGCCAGUCCCCGACGGCCGGCCAGUUGAUCCUCAACAACCCGAUGUCGAGCCUGGCACUGUGGACGUAGGCCGUGAGAACCCAGAGGCUGGCACUGCGACCACCGACCCAGAGGCGACGGUACCCAGCCAUGAAUCGACUUCUCUGCUCGAUGCAUUGAUGCUGCAGGUCGAAGCCGCAUCCGCAUCCGCGCCGCCGCCCACGGAACCAUCUCUCACCGCAGACCUGACUGUCGCUGAGGACGGAGCAACGACGAAUGUUGUUCUCGAUGAGCUUGUGGUCGAAAAAAGUGAAGACGGGGCACAGAAUCCAGAUACUCAGCAAUGGGAAACAGUGCAGCAACAGCUGCCGACGGAAAGCCAGCCUGCGGCUGAGACUGUCCAGAUGGAUCUGGCAGAUGGCAUCGUGAACAGCGAUACGGGCGGCCGCGAUAUUGAAGAUCAUGAUCCAGCUGCUGUUUCUCUUGACACCAAUGCUACUGGUCUGGCUGUGGGAAACGUGUCCGACACCUCGGUCGUCGCAGCUGACGUUAUGAUGGACGUGAUACCUGGAACCGAGUCGCUUGCUCCCGAGCCUGGUGCCGAAGGCGCCGAGUGGGAAAUCGAUUCCUCACCCUACGAGUCGUCCUCGGAUUCCGACUCGGACUCAUCCUCCGACACAACGUCCUCGGAAGAGGAUAGCGAUGAUGACGCAGAUGGAGAUUACGCGAUGCUCGACCCGGAAGAAACGGCACGGAUACUCAUGCAAGGAGAUGCAGGCUCAGACGACGAAGGAGGAAGAACGCGAGACAAGACCGAUGCUGUUCUUCGGACAGCUCAUGAACAAAUGGAGGCGGUAAUCCCUAAGCCUGAUAUCACCGUGACCGAGGAUAUGAAAAUUGAAGAGCUGGGAAAUGUCGAGAUUGUGGUUGAGAACACUGUGGUCAUCAAAGCCAAAACCUCGGGCGAGUACCAAGUGCUUGAGACCGGAUCGUUGAUUUGUCUCCAGGACAGAUCAGUCGUGGGAGUGGUUGCCGACUUGAUAGGACGAGUCGAGGAACCUAGGUACACAAUCCGGUUCAACAAUGACGACGAAAUCAAAGAGGCCGGUCUCUCCUCAACAGGCGCCACGGUCUUCUAUGUUCCGCAGCACUCGACGUUUGUCUUUACGCAACCGCUGAAAGGCGUCAAGGGAAGUGACGCGUCCAAUUUCCAUGAUGAAGAAGUCGGCGAGGACGAAAUGGAGUUUUCCGACGAUGAAGCUGAAGCGGAAUACAAACGCCAGAUGAAGGCGAGGAGGCAAGGACGGUCACUGGAGACGGGCAGAGGCCGUGGUGGGUCGAAGCACUCCAGAGGAUCUCACCGGGGGGGCGGUCGUGGAGGGAACCACAGCCACAUGAACAAUGCCGAUGCCGGUGCAUACGGCAAUGGCUCACUGGAAAUGAACUACGACGACGUCGCAGAUGGCGGUGACGAAGGAUACACACCCUUACAAAGACCAGCCAAUCUGACCGAAUUGCUCACGAGAGGAGAGCAGCCCCAAGAGUCUAGGCCAAACACAUCACUGCCACCGCUCCCUCCGCCGCCGCGGUCCGGUAGAGGCGACUAUGGUGGACGGGGAAGAGGAUACGGCCGAGGAGGCAGGGGAGGUCCUCGUGGUCAACACGGCGGUGGGAGUUUCGGCCAGUCACGAGGAGCAGCGGCUUUCCACAACCAUGGCGGGCACAACGGCAAUGCUCAAAACGGCUUUCCUCAGCAGAUUUCCAUGCCGAAUCUCAAUUUACCUACCACCCCAGCAAUCACACCGCAAAACAUGCCAUAUCCGCCGAUGACGCCUUCCCCGAUCACUCCGCUACCUCAUGGCUCCUUUAACUUCAAUGGAUUCAACCCCCCGGCGAAUUUCCCCUUCGUGCCACAAUCCAUGCCCAUGCCAGGGUUCCCGCAGCAGUUUGGGUUCAAUUUCCAGCAACAGCAACAACAAUACCAGCAGCGCUGGGCGGUCCCACCACCGCAGCAGCAGCAACAACAACAGCACCCGCAUCAGCAGCAGCAGAACCAAGGUCAUCAGCAGAGCAUGGGAGCGCCGCCGAAUUUCAGCUCCGGGCCAUGGGCUAGUAACCCGGCCCUUGCGGCGGCGUUGCAGAAGCAGGCGGAGGACGAGAGGCGCCGACAAGGAGCGUGA